AGGGAUCCAGGAUGGAUCCAGAACGCCUGUUUACGAAGUUGGAGCGGAUUGGGAAGGGUUCAUUUGGAGAAGUGUACAAGGGCAUAGAUAACCGCAGCAAAGAAGUGGUGGCAAUUAAAAUCAUAGAUUUAGAAGAGGCAGAGGAUGAGAUUGAAGACAUUCAACAAGAGAUCACUGUUCUGAGCCAGUGUGACAGCCCUUACAUCACUCGCUACUAUGGCUCCUAUCUAAAGGGAUCUAAGCUGUGGAUCAUAAUGGAGUAUCUGGGUGGAGGAUCUGCACUAGAUUUGCUGAAGCCUGGGCCACUGGAAGAGUCCUAUAUUGCCACAAUAUUACGGGAAAUCCUGAAAGGCCUAGAUUAUUUGCACUCCGAGAGGAAGAUCCACAGAGACAUCAAAGCUGCAAAUGUACUGCUGUCUGAGCAGGGAGACGUUAAACUGGCAGAUUUUGGGGUAGCAGGCCAACUGACAGACACCCAGAUCAAGAGGAACACAUUUGUGGGAACCCCUUUCUGGAUGGCGCCAGAGGUCAUCAAGCAGUCUGCCUAUGAUUUCAAGGCUGAUAUUUGGUCCUUGGGGAUCACAGCUAUUGAGUUGGCAAAGGGAGAACCCCCUUACUCAGACCUACAUCCUAUGAGAGUUUUGUUCCUCAUCCCCAAAAACAACCCUCCAGCCCUGCAGGGACAGCACAGCAAACCAUUUAAAGAUUUUGUAGAUGCCUGCCUGAACAAAGACCCUCGAUUAAGGCCUACAGCACGGGAGCUGCUAAAACAUCGGUUUAUUCUACGAUACACCAAGAAAAACCUCUUUCCUUAUGGAACUGGUUGA